ACCAAAAGCACCAGCAGCACCAGCAGGAACCUUUGGCGCCGCCAACGAGCAGGAGGGUAGAAGGCGGAAGACGGGGCAAUCGUUCAUUUGCGGCGGCGGCAAGCGCAACAGCCGAGCAUCGGCACAGCGUUUGACGCGACUCCUUCCCAAGAGAGAGCGAGAGCGACAGAGAAAGAGAGCGAGAAAGCGACAAAUUUGGAGAAGAGAAGCAGACAGAGACAAAGGGAAGGAAAAGGCAAUGUCGGGGUUCCAAAAAGAGGGGUUCGUGGGCAACGGCGAGGCAGUCACCACCCAUGACCCAUCCUCGGAGACGCAGGACCGGACAAGACGCAGCGGGGGACAAGGGCCGAUAGUAGCAGCCAACACCUUGACAGGUGGUGCUGCGGGGGGAGCGGCGGCAGCGGGGAGCAGCAAGAAAUUGGCGACCAUCCUUUGCUGCUUGUGCGGAAGGCCGAUACAACCCAACGGUGCCAACAUGUGCGGUGCGUGCCUCCAGGAUCAGGUGGACGUAACCGAGGGCAUUCCGAAGAAGGGGCUCACCAUCAUUCAGUGCCGGCGUUGCCUCAAGUGGCUCACGAAGAACGACCACUGGUCAGGUUUCGAGCUGGAGUCAGCACCGUUCCUGGCUCUGGUCCUCAAGAAAAUUCCGGGCCUCGCGAAGCAGGACCUCGUGGACGCAAAGUGGAUAUGGACCGAGCCCCACAGCAAGAGGCUAAAGGUCCGCAUUACCGUCCGCAAAGAAGUGCUGAACAAGGUCAUGCUGCAGCAGGACGCCACGGUCGAGGUACAAUGA